AUGCUCUCUUCCACCGACCCAGCGCUCUCUUCCAUAUGCGGCUUCGUCAGCAUCGACCACCGCCUUUCGCCACACCCGGAGUUCCCUCAGGACCCUGCCACGACUCCGAGACAGGCCCUCCGCAACGCAAGACACCCUGACCACCUUGUCGACGUGUACUCGGCGCUCGCCUUUGCGCAGCAAGAGUACGACAUCGAAGGCAACUAUAUCCUCAUUGGGCACUCGUCCGGUGCCACGAUGGCUUACCAGCUUCUUAUGGGAUAUGCAGCGCUGCACGGCCAUGUGACCGGCUUGCGCAUCCAUCUCCCGGCUGCCAUUGUUGGCAUUUAUGACAUAUAUGAUCUCGUCGGCCUCAAUGACAGGUAUGGAGGAGAUUAUGCGGGAUUCCUCGAUGGUGCGUUUGGAGCGGAUCGGAAAGUGUGGCGGAAGAUUUCCCCGAGCUGCUUUCCAGGUGACUUAAAGACCGCUGGCGAAAUAGUAAACCAGUCUGCUGGCGUCCCGUACACAAUCUUGGCGGAUUCUCCCGGAGACAUGCUUCUGGACAGCCCAGAGGUAGAGGUGACGAAAGCAAAACUCACAAAGGACGCCAUAAAAGUUGACGUGGUGGACAAUUUGGUGGGGGACCAUGACUUUGUCUGGAAGGAAGCCUCGCAGGUGGCGCAGCUUGUAUCGCGGUGCGUCAAGACCCUGGAAGCCCGACAACCCGGCACCGGCAAGUCGUAG